AUGGACUUCGGUGAGCAAGAAGCAGACCGCUGUGUCAGCUUGAUGGAGGCAGAAAUAAACGGAGAUACUGCUGGCCAAAUUGCGAACAUGUCCUUGGAAAUAAAGGACAUCUCUUUACUUCGGGAUGCGCUGAGUCAAAUAGAGAAGCCUAUCUUGCCGAUGACUUUGCGACUGAACCAGAUCGAAGAUCAUCUCGACAGUACGCAGCGAAAACAGAUACUGGACUGGCUCUCGUUCCAGCCGACAGCUUUCAAGUUCCUCAUUCAACUACCCGGAGUCCAGGUGACUUCCCUUGAGAAUGCGGAUGGUAUUCGGAAGUUUGUCGAGUUUGAGACGGACAGGCCCGUCACGAAAAAUCAGCUGCUGGUCUACAUCAGACAAAGGUCUACCAAGGGAGAGCUGAAGCAGUUGAUAAAGGAGGAUGUCAUUUCCAAGGCUAACGGCGUGCCGAGUUACAAUUGCAAAGUCUUCGGUGGAUUCGUUUGGAAAAAGAAGGAUAUCCGGUCCGCCUUGUCUAAGUCUUCCCGUGCUUUGAGUGAGCUAUACGAUGAUAUUCAUGAGAGGACUCUUGAGAACACGCAAGAGACAGACCAAGCUGUGUUACGCAAUACCCUCAAGUGGAUGGUAAUUGGAGUGGAUAAAAUUGAUGAAGAGUUGAUUCUGGAUCUUCUCAGCAACUUCGUCAUCCUGGACAUGAGGGAAGAUGGGAUUCGACCCUUCCGCUUCGCUCAUCCGUCUGCCUGA